AUGUCUGAACAUCAGAAAACUGCAAUUAUAUCAGUUUACAACAAGACAGGUCUAUUAGACCUUGCUAAGGGGUUAACUGAGAAUAAUGUUCGUAUGCUAGCAUCCGGUGGAACAGCUCAAUUUAUUCGUGAAUCUGGCUUCCCAGUAGACGAUAUAUCUUCCAUUACACAUGCUCCAGAGAUGCUAGGUGGUAGAGUCAAGACUCUACAUCCUGCUAUCCACGGUGGUAUCCUAGCUAGAGAUCUAGAAUCUGAUGAAGAAGAUUUGAAGACACAACAUAUAGAGAAAGUCGAUUUUGUAAUUUGUAACUUAUACCCUUUCAAAGAAACUGUAGGUAAGAUUGGUGUUACAAUGGAAGAAGCCGUGGAAGAGAUCGAUAUUGGUGGUGUCACUCUUAUUAGAGCCGCCGCCAAGAAUCAUAUCAGAGUCACUAUCUUGAGUGAUCCAGAAGAUUAUGCCGUCUUUUUACAAGAAUUAUAUGAAAACAAUACUGGUGAGAUAUCGAAAGAUCUAAGAAAUAAAUUAGCUUUGAAAGCAUUUGAACAUACCGCAGAAUAUGACACCGUUAUAUCUGAUUUUUUCAGAAAACAAUAUUCUGAAGAUAUUGCACAAUUACCUUUACGUUACGGUUGUAACCCUCAUCAAAAGCCAGCACAAGCAUUUAUUACCGACCAAGAUGAAUUGCCAUUUAAAGUACUAUGCGGUGUCCCAGGUUACAUCAACUUACUUGACGCAGUUAAUUCAUGGCCUUUAGUGAAAGAACUAUCUGCUUCUUUGAAUUUACCUGCUGCUGCAUCUUUUAAGCAUGUCUCACCAGCUGGUGUUGCUGUUGGGUUACCAUUAACAGAAAUUGAAAAGCAAAUCUAUUUUGUGAAUGAUAUUGAAAACUUAUCACCUUUGGCAUGUGCUUACGCAAGAGCUCGUGGUGCAGAUAGAAUGUCCUCAUUCGGGGACUUCAUUGCAUUAUCCAACAGAGUAGAUGUUUGCACAGCCCAAAUUAUUGCUAAGGAAGUAUCUGAUGGUGUCAUUGCCCCAGGUUAUGAACCUGAAGCUCUGGAGAUUUUAAGAAAGAAGAAAAAUGGUAAAUAUUGUAUCUUACAAAUAGAUCCAAAUUAUGUUCCAGCACAAAUCGAAACCAGACAAGUCUUUGGGAUAUCUUUACAAGAAAAGAGAAACGAUGCAAUUAUCAACAAAUCAUCUUUCAAAGAGAUUGUCUCUCAAAACAGAGAUUUAACAGACCAAGCAAUGAUCGAUCUAACUGUUGCUACGCUAGCUUUAAAGUACACACAAUCAAACUCUGUGUGUUACGCUAAGAAUGGUAUGGUAAUUGGUCUGGGUGCUGGUCAACAAUCCAGAAUCCAUUGCACAAGAUUGGCUGGUGAUAAAGCUGAUAACUGGUGGUUAAGACAACACCCCAAAGUGUUAGACUUCAAAUGGGCCAAAGGUGUAAAGAGACCUGAAAAGUCUAAUGCCAUUGAUUUGUUUGUCACUAAUCAAAUCCCAGAAGAUGGUCCAGAAAAGGAUGAUUACGAAUCUAAAUUUGAAGAAUUACCAACGCCAUUGACUAAGGAAGAAAGAAAAGAGUGGUUAUCUAAACUGAAUAACGUUUCUUUGUCAUCUGAUGCAUUUUUCCCAUUCCCAGAUAAUGUCUAUAGAGCAGUAAGAUCUGGUGUGAAGUACAUUGCGGCACCAACCGGUUCAGUGAUGGAUAAAUCUGUUCUUGCUGCUGCUGACUCUUUUGAUGUGAUUUAUGUUGAGAACCCUAUUCGUUUAUUCCACCAUUGA